UCCAAUUCCAGCUCAGCUCAAAACCGGACAGGAAUUUUUGUAACUCGAAGAAAAAGAAAUGAUGCUCCGACAGAUUUCGCUUCUGGCAGCUCUGCCCGCUGUGGCUCUAGCAGGUGGCGCUAACGACAUUUACUUCACUGGCGACGGCACGGCGAACGCUGUGGGCAAAGCCACGGCUGCGACUUGCGGCGCCAGCGUCGGCGACAAUUACGUUGCGAUUAACAGCGACCAGUGGAACUCGACGCAGAACUGUAAAAAAUGCAUCGAGGUCUCGUGCGACGACGACCGAUGCAGCGACCAGACCAAUACCGUGGUCGUGUAUGUGGCCGGAGAGUGCAUCGACUGCGAGGACGAGGGCGUGGACCUCUCCCCUACGGUUUUCAAGAAACUUACGGGCAGCGACCCGUCCCGAUUUACUAUCAAGUGGGAGUUCACGGAAUGCCCCAACUCGUUUAACGCUCUUAAGGGCAGCGACGCGUACCAGGCCGGCAAGGUAGAGCCUGCCGACGAGAAGCAGAGCAAGGUGAGCAUCCUGCAGACGAAUGAGGAGGGCGUCGAGAACAAUAAGGACAACUCGGAGACGCAACAGACCAACAAUAAGUCUGGCACGGACGACGUUUCUCACGGUGGUACUAGCCCAGUCAUCGUGGCCCUCAUCGUAGUAGGUUCUGUGUGCGGUAUCGCUCUGGCUGCCGUCUUCUACACGGCCAAAAAGAAAGGCAACAAGCGCGACGAGUGUUUGACCAAAUCUUUCGACACGUUCAGCUCUCCUGCGCAGAAGAAGAAGAAGGCGGCUAUUGUCACCAUCUAA